UAUUUUAUUCUCUUGUCGCUGUCUGUAUCUGUAAUCAACAUUUUGCUUCUGCUUUUGUUUUGAUGAAUGAGUUAUUUGAUACUUGUUUUUAACAAUAAAUCUGAGCAUGUAGUCUUUAAAUAAUCAAUUUUUAUGAUUUUAUCGUUUAAAUUUUAGUAUAAAACUCUUUAAAUCAACUGUUUUGAUUGCUGCAGAUCAAUUUCUUCCGAAACAUCACUCACACAAAACACAUUCAACAUGGCAGAUGAUAAGCAAGAAAAAUCUGGAAAAAAAGAGACCCCUCAAGGAGCAAUGAAUAUCAAUCCAUCUCCACCUAGGCUGCCGGGAGUGACGGACGCCUCGCCGCCCCGCUUCCUGAGCUGGGAGGAGAUCCAGACGGCGGCCAACGGACUGACCAAGAUGCGGCUGGCCCACGAGGUGGCCGUCGACCAGCAGUUCCGGUUGCAGCGAGCCGCCCCGGCCGCCGACUCGAUCGAGGCCCAAGUCAAGCAGACGCUGCACAACGCCUUCUGGGACCUGCUCAGGGAGUCCCUCGCCGCCGAUCCUCCCAACUACGAUCAGGCGCUUGUGCUGCUCGACGACAUCAAACAAAACCUUUGCGAAUGCCUACUUGCCCACCACUCUAGGCUGAAAGAAGAAAUUGAAGAAGUGCUUGAUAAGGAACACAUUCGACAACAAGUUCUUAGCAACACUCUCGAUUUCAAGUUUUAUGCCGACUUUGUUGUUAACAUGAUAAGCAAGCUGUGUGCCCCAAUAAGGGAUGACAAUGUCAAAGAACUGCGGCAGGAAACGGAUGUUGUCAACCUGUUCAGGAAAAUACUUGAGUUAUUGGAUUUGAUGAAACUGGAUAUUGCAAACUUCACGCUGUCAGUGUUUAAAACUGACAUCACGAUGAAGAGUAUACAGUAUGAGAAGUCAGAGUUUAAAAAGUUUCUCAAUUUGCAGAAAGAAAAUGGCGUUGACGGUUUGGAGUACACAAAGCAAUGGUUGCUACGCCACCACACAGAACCAACGCCGUCUUCCAAUUGGUACAAAAUUCUUGGCAAGUGCUACAUAGACCUGCUCGACUGGCAGACUGAUUUCUCAAAUUAUCCAGAGACCGUGUUGAUGGAUCGGUCGCGGUUCACCGAGAUUGGCGCCGACCUGCACAAGCUAGCUGUAGUGGCAUCGGUGGUGCUUGUGGCGGCCGACUGCUCCCAGGGCGCCCUGCAGGUCGUUCCCGACGCCAAGCUCAACAUCAAGGCGAUGGCGCUCAACGCUGUCAAGGAGACGCCUCUCAGUGAGUUGGAGUCAUGUCUGACGGCAUUAGCAGAGAAAGUGGUGAUAGAAACUACAGAAGCAAUGAAAAAGACAACUGUUGAGCCGUUAAACGGAGAUAAGCAGAGUAUUUUGUAUCACACCAUACUGCAAGUGAAAGAUCCCACUCAACGUAUACGGCAGCUAGUAUACAACAGGAUGCGGGAAUUCAUCGAAUCUGUGAUAGCGAUGGACUCUACCAGGUCCAACCAGAUCCCUGGCGGCCUCUCGUGGAUGCACAGUGAACUAAUGGCGCUGUCAGCGCGAAUCGUACUGCUAGUCAAGCACAACCGCGAUGUCUUCUGGGAGUUCUAUUGUCAGAUUUUCGCAGAGCAGGAUGCUGCACUCGGCAGCAGUCAGACUCAGUCUCAGUCAGCCGCAGACAAAGUGGAACACACUUGAACGACAAACUGUGACUGGAUUCUGAACAAAACAUUUGAACGACCAAGUGGAGCAGCUUGAAUCAAAGCUCAAUUGAUUACCAAAUCACAAUGAAAUUGUGAUUUUGAGCACGAGUCGUUUGUAAUCAUUCAAUUGAUAGAACUUCAAAUAAACAAUCAAUUGAAUCACAGAGCUACAAUCGAAUUGUAACAGUUGAAACUUUUGACAACAAUCAUAAAUUGUAGAUAACAACAAUAACCAUUUGAUGGACCAGUUUUAAAACCUGAUCCAAUCAGGAAAUCAUUGAAUGUAAUUAUUACUUUCUAAUUUAUAGUCUAGAAUUCUAAAUCUAACUAAGUUUAAAUUCUCAAACUUAACCACUUCUUAACAUAUGUUUAUGAACAGUAUCUCCUCAAUAUAUUAAGGGUUUUAUUUGUAAGCCAACCUUAGUAACGUUGCUAGAUAAGCGUGAUUUGGUUCAUUGAUCCUCAAAGCGUGCUUGGCUGAAAAAGAAGUUUUUAAACCCAUUCAUAAUUACAGUCCCAAUACCCAUUAGAUAUUUUGACCUAGAUCUAAUCAGUCACACAAAGACAAAGUCCACAAAUGCCUUGUUAGAACUACCAAACUAUGUAUAAUAAAGACUUACAAAACACAUAUUUUCUUGGAUCAUAGCCUAUAACUUUUUUGACAGAUGUAAUUAUUAAUACUCUCAAAAGAAUUUGCCAGUUUUACAUUUCACAUAUACCUUGUUGAAACUACUGAACUUAGUGAAUUACAGAUUCUAUCAAAUCAACCCUUCAUUUUUUCCAACAAUUAUUAAAUUUUGAUGGAUGUCUUGUUUUGGUCUUCAUGUCAUAUUUGGCACAAAUAUUAAACUUCUUUUUAUAUCAUGAUAACUUUAUUAUCUUUACUUAAUAUUAUUUUCAAUAUGAAAAUAAUAGUUCUUUUAUCAUAAGUAGCAAAAAUAUUUGACAAAAUUAUUAUUUCUGGAACAAAUACUUGGAUAAUUGCAUGGGUUCAGAGCUGAUGCAUGGUAACUUAAUGAGAAAAUAAUUUCAAAUUUUUAUCAAUUAUCAUAAAAUCAUGUGAAACCCCUGCUAUCACAUUCAAAAGUUUGUAAAAUUUAUUGAUAUCAGUGUACCAUAUUGCUGUUAAACCAUAUAUUAGACAUUUAUUUCUAUUAAAGUAAAGCUCUAACGGCAAUAUCAUUAGGGGAAUUUUACAAUAGAUUUUUAUUAUUUUCUAGAGCCUUUUUGGUAUCAAAUGUUUUGCAUGUUGUAACAAAUAUUCUAAUUAAAUGUUUUUCAGAAGAUGAGAAUAAAA